AUGUGUGGUAUAUUUGGCUAUUUGAAUUUUCUUGUUCCUAAAAAACGGAAUGAAGUGAUUGAAAUCUUACUUCAAGGACUAAAACGUAUGGAAUAUCGUGGAUACGAUUCGGCUGGAAUUGCAAUCGAUGGAAGUAACGACAUUGAAAAACCACAUUCAAAAAUCGCUCUUAUCAAAAAAGUGGGCAAAGUCAGUGUUCUAGCGGAUUAUAUAAAAGAAUCGGAUGAAUGCAAAGAGCUGGAUUUUGAAAUGGAAUAUAUUAUACACUGUGGGCUUGCGCAUACGAGAUGGGCAACUCAUGGAUCACCUAAGGAUAUUAAUUCUCAUCCACAAAGAUCCAAUUCUAACAAUGAAUUCCUUGUCGUUCAUAAUGGUAUAAUAACAAAUUAUCGCGAGGUGAAGGAGUAUUUAUUGAAGAAAGGAUAUGAAUUUGAAUCUGAAACGGAUACGGAGAUAAUUGCUAAACUCAUUCAACAUAUCGCUGAUAAAAAUGUCGAAUUCAGUUUUCGUCAACUUGUCGAAGUCACAGUUCAACAUCUUGUAGGAGCUUUUGCAUUGGCAUUCAAAAGUAUUCGAUAUCCUGGUCAAAUCGUCGCAACAAGACGUGGUAGUCCAUUACUUGUCGGUAUUAAGAGUUCUUCGCCGAUUACCACCGAUCAUUUUCCGGUAUUUUUUAGUAAAGAAGAAAGAAAAUGUUCGACGACUUCGAUUAGGCCGUUUAAUCCGAAUGAUAGCGGAGUGGAAUAUUUUUUUGCAUCGGAUGCCAGCGCGAUUAUUGAACAUACAAAACAAGUUAUUUUUCUUGAAGAUGACGAUGUGGCAUUUGUCGAAAAUGGAUCAUUAUCAAUACAUCGAAUAUGUCGAACGAAUAAUUCGCCCGAAUUUCGCGCAAUUCAAAACUUAACACUUGAAUUACAACAAAUAAUGAUGGGCGAAUUUAAAACAUUUAUGCAAAAAGAAAUUUUUGAACAAUCUGAAUCUGCCGUGAAUACAAUGCGUGGUCGUAUUUUAGCAGAUGGCCGAGUUCAACUCGGUGGUAUUAAGGAUUAUUUGGCUGAUAUCAAGCGAUGUCGGCGACUAAUACUAAUUGCUUGUGGUACUUCGUAUAAUUCGGCAAUCGCGUGUCGGCAAAUAAUGGAGGAAUUUACGGAAUUGCCGGUUAUUCUUGAAUUAGCUAGCGAUUUUCUCGAUCGAGAAACUCCAAUUUUUCGCGACGAUGUUUGCUUUUUCAUAUCGCAAAGUGGAGAAACAGCCGAUACUCUUAAUGCCUUAAGAUAUUGUAAGCCACGAGGGGCGCUUUUGAUCGGUGUAACGAAUACUGUUGGUAGUAGUAUUUGUCGUGAGACUCACUGUGGUAUUCAUAUUAAUGCUGGCCCAGAGAUUGGUGUCGCAUCAACUAAGGCUUAUACAUCACAAAUUUUAUCAUUAAUUAUGUUUGCGCUAUCAAUGAGUGAAGAUAGGAUAUCAAUGCAAGCAAGACGCGCAGAAAUUAUUCGUGAACUUCGUUCUUUGCCAGAUUUAAUUCGUGAAACGUUAAAACUCGACAAAGAAGUUUUAAAUAUUGCGAAAACAUUACAAAAAGAAAAUUCUUUACUAAUAAUGGGACGAGGUUUUAAUUUUGCAACGUGCCUUGAGGGUGCCUUAAAAAUUAAAGAACUAACUUAUAUGCAUUGCGAGGGAAUAAUGAGUGGUGAACUGAAACACGGUCCUUUAGCGAUGGUCGAUCGAAAUCGCAGAAUCGUUAUGAUUAUUUGUAGUGAUAACGUUUAUAAAAAAUCGCUAAAUGCUUUACAACAAGUGAUUGCACGCGACGGUGAUCCAAUAAUAAUUGCCGAUUCAGAGGUGCCUAAAAAUGAUUUGGCUAAUAGAUCGCAUAUAUUACGUGUACCUAAAACAGUUGAUUGCAUUCAAAAUAUUUUAACCGUUAUACCAUUACAACUUCUCAGUUAUCAUAUUGCUGAACUAAAUGGUUUAAAUGUGGAUCGUCCAAGAAAUUUGGCCAAAUCAGUUACGGUGGAAUAA